AUAUGUUUAUGUCGGUGUUCAACUUUUGCAUGGCCUAUUACUAUUAGUAUUACUAUUAGUAUUUCUAUUCGUGUUUUUCCUUUCACUGAAUUGUAAAAAUUUUAUACAAUAAGCUAAAACUUUUGUAUGUAGCUUGUCGUUACGUAAAAUAGUUAACAUACUAAUACUAUCCAAUCACCACGAUGGUAACGCCUAUGAAACAUGCCGUUUCACAUUUUCUUCACCAAACUAAGUCUAAGGGCCUCAUGCCCAUGGCCAUGGUUGUGUCGGCAACCAGGAGUGUUUCAGGAACGCAUCAAUGUUGGGCCAACCAAACACUUUACGGACUAUUCAUUAAAACCAGGCCGCAGAAAACUAAAUACCCACAAGACAUACGACAGAAGCCAUGCACGUUAACUAGAGACAUGAUUCCAUGGGGACCAGAUGAGAAAGUGCAACCGCCAGUGGCCGAAGAGUAUAAGCGUGGCCAUGGUGCAAUACCAGAUGAGAAACGUGGAGAGAAACUGCUCCUUAUCUGGCGCCAUAGAGGACUCAAACGGCGGCCGUGGUUUGAUAUAAAAACGCUGGACAAGUUGGGAAUAGGAAAGAACACUGUUAGGAACACCGCAGUGAUUCAGCCAAAUACUCCUAGUGUGCUUAAAUUAUUGUGGAAGGUAAAACAUUUAGUGACUGUGAAAGAAGUAACGUUUCCAUGGGGAGAGGUGACAGAGGAAGACGUAGAACAUUCACUUGUUAAACGUACAGGGGAAUUCUUGGUCUCAAAGAAGUUGAAAAUGCCUGAAGUCGCCUCCACAGAAACAUAUUCAAAGGUUGUUAAGGGAGACAUGAUCAGAACAAAGGCAUACAAGGCAUGGGAACAAGGAGACAUGCGCAUAGAGGAAUACCCACCAAAACAUUACUUAAGUAGUAAAUGAGGCUUCAGCAGUUCUGUAAUCAUACAUGAGUGUGUGAAUGUUUAUGGAGUCAUGUUUGCAGAGGAUUGUGUUGGCUGUUAGAUAAUAUCAAGAGCUAAUAAUAAUUAUAGCUAGGUAUUAUUAGCUCUUGAUAAUAUCUAGGUAUAAUCUACAAAGUUAACAAACGUGUUUUUGUAGUAAUAAUACAAACUUUUAAAUUACAUUUAGUUUUCAUUAAUUUAUUACACUGUUCUAGGUAUUUUUGACCAGUGUUCAGAACUUCAGAUAUAUGCAACAGAAUGAAAAUGGUUGCUGGUAAUGUUAUCCUGUCUACAACAUAAAUAUUACACGGAAAGCCAAACAGUAUACACAUAUAAUAGGAAUUGAUAUACAGCAGCAGGCGUUAAGACAAUUAUAAAUUAUAUAACUUGCCGACAACCAUUUAGCAAUAAUCUAGAAGUUGAUUAACCUUGUCUGAUCAACUUGUUUGAGAAGAUGUGAGAAUUUCUUGUACAAGUAUUUCACUAAACCAAUAAGGAAUAAUGACAGAACAUGUAGUACAACUAAUAUAUUUAACCUAGUAAUUACUACAUACAUUUUUAGCUACAUACUGUUAUUAUAAGAUUCACAGUUAUAAGAGACUAAACAAGUUUGUUAAUAAAAGUUGGUUGAAUUUCGCAGGAACUCCAA